UUACAUCCGUUGAUUGGACGUGAUACAAACUAUCCGGCUCUUGUCGCUGUUGUUUCCUGCGGUGUGAGUGGUGAAAGCCUGCCAAAAAGACUAAAAUGGCGCUUACUUCUCAAGGAACAAAGAAAAAAGUUUGCUACUACUAUGAUGGUGAUGUUGGAAAUUACUACUAUGGUCAGGGGCAUCCCAUGAAGCCCCACCGAAUCCGCAUGACACACAACCUGUUGCUCAACUAUGGCCUCUACAGAAAGAUGGAGAUAUACCGUCCGCACAAAGCCAGUGGAGAGGAGAUGACCAAGUAUCACAGUGACGACUACAUCAAAUUCCUGCGUUCAAUCCGGCCAGACAACAUGUCAGAGUACAGCAAACAAAUGCAGAGAUUUAAUGUGGGGGAGGACUGUCCAGUGUUUGAUGGUUUAUUUGAGUUCUGCCAGCUCUCAGCAGGGGGCUCUGUUGCUGGUGCCGUGAAGUUGAACAAACAGCAGACAGACAUUGCUAUCAACUGGGCUGGGGGUCUGCAUCACGCCAAGAAGUCUGAGGCUUCUGGGUUUUGCUACGUCAAUGACAUUGUACUGGCUAUUCUGGAAUUACUGAAAUACCACCAGAGAGUUCUGUACAUAGAUAUUGAUAUCCAUCAUGGGGACGGUGUUGAGGAGGCCUUCUACACCACAGACCGCGUUAUGACAGUUUCCUUCCACAAGUAUGGAGAGUACUUCCCCGGCACAGGCGAUUUGAGGGACAUUGGUGCUGGGAAGGGUAAAUAUUAUGCUGUGAAUUAUCCACUGAGGGAUGGGAUUGAUGAUGAGUCAUAUGAAGCCAUAUUCAAACCUAUCAUGGCUAAGGUGAUGGAGAUGUACCAGCCCAGCGCGGUGGUUCUGCAGUGCGGAGCUGAUUCUUUGUCAGGAGACAGGCUCGGCUGCUUUAACCUCACCAUUAAAGGUCAUGCCAAGUGUGUGGAGUACAUGAAGAGCUUUAACCUGCCACUGCUGAUGCUGGGUGGAGGAGGCUACACUAUCCGCAAUGUGGCACGCUGCUGGACAUAUGAAACUGCUGUAGCCCUCGAUUCCUCCAUCCCUAAUGAGCUCCCAUACAAUGACUACUUUGAAUACUUUGGACCGGACUUCAAACUGCACAUCAGCCCCUCCAACAUGACCAACCAGAACACCAACGACUACCUGGAAAAGAUCAAGCAACGCUUGUUUGAGAACUUGCGUAUGCUGCCUCACGCUCCGGGAGUUCAGAUGCAGGCCAUCCCUGAAGAUGCUGUACAGGAGGACAGUGGCGACGAGGAGGAAGAUGACCCCAACAAACGCAUCUCCAUCCGUGCCCACGACAAGAGGAUAGCUUGUGAGGAGGAGUUCUCUGACUCAGAGGAUGAAGGUGAAGGCGGCCGCAGAAACGCAGCCAGCUUCAAGAAAGCAAAGCGAGCCAAAACCGAAGGAGAGAAAGAGGGAGAAGAAAAGGAGAAGAAAGGUGAGGAGGAAACAAAAGAAGUAAAAGAAGAGGAGAAGGUGCCAGAGGAGGAGAAAAUGGACACAUCAAAGCCAAAAGAGGAAUCCAAGACACCUUGAGGUCCUCAGCAUCUAAAGAUGCCAGAGCAGCUGAUCAGAACUGAUCACACCAGAUUUUUUGGAUUGAUCAUCUUUCCAGGCUGCUGCUGAGGAAAUCGGUGAAGGACUAAACCUUUGUAAUGAGAGGUCCUACUCCCUCAAAACGGGACGAGGAUCUUACCAUGUUUUUCUAGGACAACUUUUCAACUUUGCUGUUUAUGGACUAGAGUCAAAAUGAGUGUUUUUGAGUAUUGUUUUUGUAUGCUUUCUUAUUUUUUUGUCUUGAAUCUUUUUAAGCGAUGACAUGUGCUUUUCCCUUGUGAAGCAACUCUGUAAAAAAAAAAAAAAAAAAUGGCUUAGUACAUGUUUGCUUUUAUAUAUCUGAUUGAUUUAAUUUAUUUAAAUCAUAGAUAUUUUGGCUACUCUGUUUUGUCUUUCAAUCCCACUUUAGUCCUGUGCCUUUUUGAAUAUGUAGUUGAAGCAUGUUUGUACGAUAGAUCCUUUUCUUUAAUACAUUUGUGUCACUGGUCUUGCCUGCUAAAGUCACCAAGAAUGGUUAAGAUGGUUGUCUAAACCUAUAAACCUCUUACAUGUCACAAUGUAAGUUUAUUAUAUUCUUAUAUCUAAGGUUAUGAUAGGAUGUGCCCUUUACUGGCACACUGGCAUUUUCUUUGUUAAAUUUCUGUGACUCACAAUGUUGAAAAUGUUUGGGUCCAGUAUCAGGCUUAGAUUCCACUGAAGUUUGGGCUUGAAUGUCCAAGAUACUGUAUAGUACUCAGUGUAAAAUGAGAGGCAAGGUAAAAGCCAGAAUUCAUUCAUUUGUUGUAUAUAUUUGUAAAAGUGUUUCACCACAGAGUUUGCAAGUGUCAUUUAAAUCAGACAGACCCAGGUGUGUGUUGACCACAUUUUAAAACACCAAUAAAAACUGCCAUAAAAAGUUG